AUAUAUAUAUAUAUAUAUAUACAUUAAAGCCACGUAUUAACAUCUAAAUAUAUAUUAUUCAGAGUGCAACAAUUUCAAUAACUUUGGUAAAGGGAAAAAACUAUGGCCGACAAGAGAAAGGUAUUCAAAAACAGAUACUUUUGCCUGCUUUCCCAACCUCUACACGAAGAGAUGAGCCCCUCACCAAAUGUUUCGAGUCAAAGCCAAGUCAGCAGAUAGGGAAUCUCCAUUGAAAGUGCAGUCUUACAACAACAAAAGAGCACCCAAACGUCUUUUCUUGCAGCCUUGCAAAUGAAGCAAAGAAGCCUCUCUUAGCUUGUAUUUAAAGAUCUCUAGGCAUUCUCCAACCAAACUCCAAAUGCAUGAAUGAUGUUGCUCGCGAGCUCCAACCGAACGGCAAAACUGAACAGUUCCACGCCAAUAUUGACGUCCCACUGUUUACAUACACUAUUUUACUGUCUCUACUGGAUUUGCCAAAGAAACGCGCGAAAGAGGAAAAAGGCACCUUCGCAAAAGGGCGCAAAAUGGAGUUCGAUUGGAGAUGAAUCACGGCAUUUUUAGUUUCAAUGUAUUUUGGAGUGAAAAUUGAGAUUUUCGGUUGGAGGUGCCCUUAGUUGAUAACCAAAAUUCCUAACUAAUAAAUUAAUGUGAUAAAUUAUAACAAAGAAAACCUUAAUCAGCUCCAACUCAGGUCUAUAAAUGCAUCAACAAAGCUCACUCCUCCAACCUAUCAGCAGCAUAUACGAAGAAGGAACUGAGACUAAGCUAAAAAAACAAUGGCAUGGUAGUGUGAAUUUGUUUACCUGACAAAUAUUCCAGCUUGUCAUGGCUGCAACGGCGAGGAAGCUCUUCGUUGAGGUCGUCGAAGCCCGUGACCUCCUGCCCAAGGACGGCAUGGGAACAUCAAGCCCGUACGUGGUGGCAGACUUUGACGGGCAGCGGCGGCGCACACAAACCAUAUGCCGCAACCUCAACCCAACCUGGAACGAGCUGCUCGAGUUCAAUGUAAGCAGCUCCGCCAAAAUCACCGGAGAACCGCUGGAAGUCGACGUGUUUCAUGACCAGCGGGUCGGCCCGAGCCGGAGGAAUAACUUCCUCGGCCGCGUCAGGCUGGACUUCAGACAAUUUGUUAGGAAGGGAGAGGAGGCGCUCAUUCAUUUCCCUUUGGAGAAGAAGAGCUUCUUUAGCUGGGUCAGGGGAGAUAUUGGCCUCCGUAUUUACUAUGAUGAUAUGUCGGUUGCUUCUUCGAUGGCAGCGGCGAUGAAAGAAGACAAUCCCACCGGCGAGGCGGAGGUGCCACCGACUGACGAUGAUGCCACUGCAGAAAAGUCACCGGCAGCUGAGAAAGCCGCUGAUCCAGUAGAUGCGGCAAAGUUAGAGGCAAAGGCACCACCGGAGAAGGAGACUAACUGUGAAAAUUUACCGGAGCAAGAGACAGAACCACCGUCCACCGAAACGGAAACGCAAGGUCCGGCGGCACCCCAAAAAGAGGCGGCCGCAUCACCGCCACCGCCGCUGCCGGUAGAAGCCGUCCCCAAACUGCCUUCAAAACCGCCUGUGCCGGAGCCCGUGGAGAGAUCCUCCUACGACUUAGUAGACAAGAUGCAAUACGUCUUUAUCCGAGUCGUUCGCGCCAGGUCACUCCCUGGCAAUGCCAAGCCGCAUGUGCGAGUCGCGGCCAACGGUCGCCAAACCGCCACCUGCACCGCCCGACGAUCCGCCUUCUUCGAAUGGGAUCAAACCUUUGCCUUCGCCCGUGACCCGGCAUCCAGCGACUCCAACUUAGAAAUCUCCGUUUGGGACCACCCGCCUGAUGCCUUCGUCGGCGACGAUGACCGCUACUUCCUCGGUGGCGUAUGCUUCGAUGUCUCUGAAUUGCCGGUGCGCGACCUACCGGACGGACCACUGGCCCCGCAGUGGUACCGCCUCGAGGGUAGCGGAGCCGCCCGCGGCGGCGACAUUAUGCUCGCAACAUGGGUUGGUACUCAAGCCGACGAGUCAUUCGCCGAAGCCUGGAAGGCCGACGCGGCUUCGACCUCCCGGUCCAAAAUUUACCUAUCGCCGAAGCUUUGGUACCUCCGCGUCACCUUGAUCGAGGCACAGGAAAUAUCGACGCCGACGAGGGAGAUAUCUCUGUUCAUCCGCGCUACUCUAGGCUUCCAGGUCUUAAAGACCCGCGCCGCCUUCCCUCGCAAUGGUGCGCCGGCAUGGAACGAAGACCUCCUCUUCGUCACUGCCGAGCCAUUCAGCGAGGAGGAGAGCCUCGUCCUUUACCUUGAAUCGAGACAAGGAAAGGAAGUUGCAAUCCUCGGCUCCGCUGCGAUCCCACUCUCCUCCGUCGAACGCCGCGUCGAUGACCGCAAAGUUGCCUCUCGCUGGCUUGAUCUUCCCUCCACCGCCACUGGCUGCGGACGGAGAUUAUUCGGCGUGAGAUUGCACGUGCGUAUCUGUCUCGACGGGGGUUAUCACGUGCAGGACGAGCAAACGCACGCGACUAGUGACAACCGGCCGUCCGCGCGGCAGCUUUGGCGGCCGGCAGUGGGGACUAUCGAUAUCGGCGUUAUCGGAUGCAGGGGACUACUUCCGAUGAAGGCCGUCGACGGCAAGGGUACCACCGACGCCUUCGCCGUCGCUAAAUAUGGCCCCAAGUGGGCGCGGACGCGAACCGUCGCCGACUCCUUCGACCCCGCUUGGAACGAGCAGUUCAACUGGCCCGUCUUCGAUACUGCCACCGUACUCACCAUCGUCGUCUUCGACGACGUCACUGGUGGAUCCAAAGAAUCCACCGCUAAUUGUCGUCCACUAGGGCGGAUCCGGAUCCGUAUCUCCACCCUAGAGACGAAUCGCUCCUACCGGUGCUUCUACCCGCUUCUCCUUCUUCUUCCCUCGGGACUCAAGCGGACUGGGGAAAUUGAGAUCGCAAUGCGGUUCACAAGGACCGUGUCGCAAUUCGACCUGCUUCAUGUCUACACGCUGCCGAUUCUACCGGCGAUGCAUCACAUCCGUCCGAUCGGAUAUCCACAACGAGAGUCGCUGCGGAUUGCAGCGGCCAGGGUUUCAGCGGCUCAUUUGGCGAGGGCGGAGCCCUCGCUGCGGCGAGAGGUGGUUAUGUGGACGCUGGAGGCAUCAGAUCCCGUUUUCAGUAUGCGGCGCGUGCGAGCGAAUUGGGGACGGAUCGCGGCUGCAAUGUCGUGGGUCGGCGACGGAGUGCGGUGGAUGUCGGAGAUCCGUGAGUGGCGGAAUCCUACUGCGACGAUAAUGGCGCACGUGGCAAUUCUGCUUCUGAUGUGGUUCCCCGAUAUGAUCGUACCAGCGGUGGCGGUGCAUUUAGGACUGGUCGGAAUAUGGCGUUAUAGGCGGCGACCUAAGGUGCCUGCUGCGGGGCUGGCGGCAAGGGAAUCAGAGGCGGAAGGGGCAGAGAGGGAAGAGCUUGAUGAGGAAUUCGAUGCAGUGCCGAGUGUGAAGGGAGAAGAGACAGUGAGGGCGAGAUAUGAGAGAAUGAGGGCUGUGGGAACGAGACUGCAAGCGAUGCUCGGGGAUGCGGCAGCGCAGGCUGAGAGGGUUCAGGCGCUGCUGUCGUGGAGGGAUCCAGGGGCCACGGCGGUGUUUGUCGCGGGAUGCUUUGUGUUGGCGGUGGUGAUGUAUGUGAUGCCGGCGAGAAUGGUGGCGGUGCUGGCCGCGUUUUAUUUUAUGCGGCAUCCAGUUUUCCGGGGACCAAUGCCGCCGCCGGCAACAAAUUUCUUUAGGAGGUUGCCGUCGCUGGCUGAACGGAUAAUUUAGGUCGUAUGACUAACGAGAUCGAUCACUCCAAUGAGCUAGACAUUGCUCGUUAAAGUGUUAGAAUUUUAGGUUUUAUAAAUAAAAAUUCAAUUUUGUCUUUUUUUUUUGCAAUAAGCUCAUUUGAAAAUUUACUGUCACGAUUAAUAUUAAUGGAGUAAUUCUCAGAUAACAGACACUCGAUCUUAAAUUCUUCAAAUUACACUGUUUCUUGCGGGAAAUUAUUCUGUGCACUGUCCGAAUGCAGAAAAUUUAUCAGAUUACUGCAUAUCCUAUACAUAAGUUCUACCUAUGCUUUGUAUAUUUACUGUUUAUAUACUACGUAUUUAUAGAUAUGCAAUAAAUAAGCAGUAAAUAAUUAGCUGAGGAUUCAUUAUUUAUUUAUUACAAAUAAAUAACAGUAUCUACAAAUACAUAAAGUGUAAGAAAAGCAUACUCAGUACGGUCAAUAAUCCAAAAAAUUCUCUGCAUUCGGACUCCGCACACAAUAAUUUCUCGUUUCUUGCAGCCUCAAAACUAAUAUAGUUUCAAUAAAUACUAUGCAAGUUUUCGUCUCGACCCUCCGGACAUGUAUUGCAAGUUUACAACAUACAAUUAUCACAUUCCAGCCACUUAAAAGCAGCCAUACGUUCUAUUUUAGAAUUUAGAUGGUUGAAAUUUUAUCCAUAAAUAUUAAAUUAAUUUUUUUUUAAUAAAAUGAAUUGAAAUUUCAAUUAUGUAAUAUAAAAUGACUAAUUAAGUUAAUAAUAAGACUUCAUUUGAGACGGCUUUCUUACUUCUUCUUAAAGCAGCUUUCUAGUAAAAAAAAUAAAUUUUUG